CAGUCUCUUUUCUCUCCCGUUCUGCGGUUCUGCCGUUCAAGACCCGAGUCAAUGAUUCUCUCUGCAAUUCUUUAAUAACCUGUCUUCGUUUUUCCCUCGGAUUCUAAUUUCUGCAACAAAUACGCGCUUUCUUAUCUGAGUGCAUCGCUCGACAUGGCCAAUAGGCAUACCAUUAUAUUGAUGCAGACAUCUCAGAACAGAGCAACCAGAACAUUUAUGGAUUAUGAAUCAAUAAGUCAAGCGAUGGAUGGUAUCUGUAGUUUGUAUGAAAGAAAGCUGAAGGAUCUCAAUCCAGCUAUCAGAAACAUCACUUAUGACAUUGCAGAUCUCUACAAUUUCAUUGAUGGCCUUGCAGACCUGAGUGCAUUAGUCUAUGACCACUCAAUUCAGGCCUACCUGCCGUACGAUCGACAGUGGAUUAAACAGCGAACCUUCCAGCACCUCAAGAAAUUGGCAGUACAUUGAAAGUGAUGCUUUAGUCUGGCACUAAAUUAACUAAUACCUGAAUCUGUGAACUGAGUCAAACAGAAAGGAAAGGUGAGGUUAAAGAUUUGGACUUUAUUGUUUGGGCUUCAGUUACCAUAUUUUGGGAAUAUGAACAACAUCAUGGAUCAGUUUCUCCCAGCUGUAUGUAUAUUUGAUACUGAUGGCCGUCCAAUUUGGUUUGAGAUGGAUGUCCUUACAGCAACCAUGGUUUGUGUGAUUGUGUAUCUUGUAGCCAUGAACUUUUUACAGUGUACCAGACUUUGAAUUUGCUACUUAUGGCAUCUAAAGACAUGUAUUGAAUCAACAUAUUAAUGGCUGGCUUCCUGCACAGAACUUGUUUAAUC